GGUUCCAAGCCUGGUGCUGGCUCUGAUCGGCGAAAGCAGAUUACUAGCUACACGGCCAUCCGCACUGCUCUCAUCACUACUUUCUCUACUACUUCUGCUGCAGACGUUGAGUCUUUGGCAGCACCCUUCAGCUGCCGUCCUCAAGGUCGAUGGCGACACCGACACCUCGGCCAAUUUGAACUGACCGCCGCCUCAGCGCGCCACCGCUCGUUAGUUCCGUGAGCCGAGCAACAGCAGACUCUGCUGGCCAGGGGUUGCAGCAGCCACUGCAGCAGCCCCAGCCACAGCCACGGUCCCCGCGGCAGCAGCAGUCGGACCCGCAGCAACAGAAGCUGCAGCAGCAGGAGCCCGCGGGCGCCUCGCGGCUGAGCCCGCGGCUUCCCGCCAUUUUGGCGCCGAGGGCCGCUCUCCCCGCAGCCGCAGCCGCUGCCAGCACCGCGCACACAGACGCCACGAGCGCUGCACCCAUGCAUGCCACCAACACCUCUCAUGGCGCAGCAGGCAGCAGUAGCAGCGGCGGCGCAGCCGCGCCUUCCGCCCCCGGCUCCUCCGGCAGCCGCGCUGCUAGCUCGAGCCAGCAGCAGCUCUGCCAGCAGAUGUACAGCAGUAAUGAGGUCCAGAAAGAGCGAGAGCCUGCUGGACAGGCUCUCGCUCGUGAUCCGGAAGAAGAAGAAGAGGAGGAGGAGGACUAUCCGAUGACUGAGGAUGUGUUGGCUGGUUCGGCAGCAGUGCUAGGCGGCGGCGCUUGCGGUCAGGGCCAGCCGGCGCUGGUGUCGCUGCUGGGUCGUGCAUGCCGCGUGCCCGCCUGCCUGAGCGCGUUCGGAGGAGGCGGCAGCAGCCGCAGCAGGCACCGCACAGCCCAUGGCGGAGGCGGAGGCGAAGGCGGCAGUGGUGGGGGUGGGGUGGGUGGCGGCGGGAGCAGUGGAGGCGAAGGGCUGUUUCGGCGGCUGGUACGGACACUGAAGGGCGGCAAGUCGGACGCUGACGCCGCAGCGGCGUCCGGGCCUGAUGCAGACGGCGGAGCCGGAGGUGUCGGAGCCGGCGGGUUGCAGGUGGUUCCGCUGUUUGCUGCGGCAGCCGCCUCCAUGCGCCCGCGUCCGCCGCCGACCUGCACUAGCAGCACCAGCAGCCCGCUGACGGCCUCAGCGGCGGCGGCAGAAGAACCCGCGGGCACGGAGAGUUUCCUGGCGGCGCAUGCCAGCGGCGGCAGCGGCGCCGCCGCCGCAACCAGCCCACCGCCGCCGCCAGCAGCUGCAGCAGCGGGUGAGCCGUCAACGGUUGGUCGGCAGUACUGCAGUCCUGACCCGUGCACUCAGUUGUACGACCAGCAUUGGUACGGCCGUCCGAGGCAUAGGCAGCGGCGGGUGGAGCGCGAGGCGGCGGUGGCCGCCGCCGCCCCGGAGCCGCCUGUGCUGGUGACGGCAGCGGCUGUUGCCGCCGCCGCCGUUGCCGCCGCCGCCACCGCCGCUGGCGAUGCUUCUGCUAUGCGUGGGUCAGCACUGGAUGUGACUGCUAGGGGCGGAUCCGACCCGGCUCAGCAUCUGCCGCCGCCGCCGCCCGCUGACAACCCUUUAGCUGGCCGGCCGACGCCUCAAGCCAGCUCAGGGGCCACUCCACCUGUCGCUGAUGACGUCCUCAUGCAUCCGCUGCGUUGUGCCUGGGACGCCCCAGGCAACCCUGACAUCCCUGAUACCGCGGAGGCGUCAACCGUGCCACAGCGUGCUUACGAUCAACACAGCCAACACAUCAGCGGCUCCAGCACCCCAUCAUCCCCCGCCACCCGCAGCCGCCGCACCAGCCUGCACGGCGAUGGCCGCGAGGAGGCAGACGAUGACACCACGGCGCCCGGAACGCCCUUCAGCGACUGGAGCGGUGCUGCUGCUGUUGCUGCUACUGCCGUCGACGGGGGGCUGCUACAGCUCACGCCGGACGGGCCGGGCCGCGCGCCGCGAAGCACGGCGCAGCACGAGACCAACGACUUGCCCGACCAGCACUCAUGCGUGCUGAGCCCUGCUGCUACAGCCGCCGCCUCAGCCGCCGCCGCCGCCCCCGCCCCCGCCGCCGCCAGCACCACCGCCGGCACCAGUGGCGCCAAUGCCGCUCCUCUGCAUGCAGCGACGCACGGCUUCUACGGAAGCCCUGGUGCAACCUUCUCAACACCCGACAGCCCGCCAGCGUUUCGCCCCAACUUUGCUACAUCCACGAUGGCAGCGCCGGGGCCCUUGGGCUCCCCGCUGCGCCUGCUACAGCCUGCCAGUGCGCCGGCCAGCGCCGGUGGCUGGGACGGCAGCGGCGCCUCCAGCUCCACAGUCUGGGGCGCGUUCAACCCGGAGGCCUACGCCUCGCCGCCCGCUCGCGCGUCAGCGGCGCCGCUGCAGCUGCAAUUGCUGCCGCCGCCACCACAGUCCCCACGUUCUCCGCGGUCAGGCGCCGGCGGCGCAGGACGGGCGAGGCGGGGACGUCGCCACGGCCCCGCGGCUGCCGCAGCUGCAGCCGCCACUGCCGCUGCUACAGCAGCAGAGCAGCACCAACGUUACGAGAGCGAAGGCCUACUGCUGCCUUUGCCGCUGCCACCGUCACCGCCCGCGCAGUUGCCGCCGCUGCCGAACCUCCUACUGCCGUCCCAGCCGUCACCGCCUCCCAUGCAGGUACAGGCGGCGGCUGCGGCAGCGCUCCAGCUACCCGGCCCAGUGCUGCAGCUGCCGCCGCUGCCGGGAUCGCCCCUGGCUUCCUCCCUGGCCGCCGCCGCCCGCUCGCCGCGCGCACCCGCUGCCGCCCACACCCCGCCCUCGCCCGUUGAAGCCGCCCUCGCCACCCACGGCGCUGCGGGUGCGGUGGUGGCGGUGGUGCAGUCGUCCCGGGCGGCGGUGGCGGCGGCUCGCGGCGCGGCGCACCUCGCGCUGCAGUCUGACACAGAUACGCGGCACCACGCGCCCGACCAGGUGUCGGCGGCGGCAAUGGCCCCCGGGCCCCUGCUGCCGGUGGUCGGCAGUAGCCGCUUCACCACCGCUGCCACAGCUGCCACCGCAGCUGCCGCCGCAGCUGCCGCCGCAGCCACCGCAGGAGCCACCGGAGCCGGAGGAGGAAGAGGAGGCGGUCCUGCUAGCCCGGUUAGGAGCCAGGGCGCCACCGCUCCGCCAUGGGCGGUGGGUGGGUUCAGGACGGAGGCCGCGGGUGCGGCCGGUGAGGCGGCGGGCGGCAGCGCCAGCAGCAGCGGGGACAGCAGCGCGGGCGGUUCGCCGCAGCGGGGCGAGGAGGAGGAGCAGGACGAGGAGCCAAGGCGCCGGCCCCAGCGCACCAGCAGUGCAGACGGGAGCGUGGGCGGCCACACUAGAGGCGGCAGUGCCAGUGGUGCUAGUGGUGAUGGUGGUGCUGGCCAGACCCGGCCGCGCCACCGCCGCGCGCGCUCCGUGGGCUCCGAUGACGAAAUGAACGCUGUGCUGUACGGCAGAGGCAGCGGCAGCAACAGCCCACCGCCCGUGUACGAGCAGUUGCAGCUGCAGCUGCUGCUGCCGCCAGACGUGGCCGGUGGUCCGGGAGGAGCAGCGGACGGCGCCGCGGCAGGCACGGCUGUAGGUGCGGAUGCGGGCGGGCACGCUGUCAGUUGUGCAUCUGCCGACUCGCCCGCAGGUGGCGCGGCCGCCGGCAGCAGCAGCAGCAGCGCGCGGCGCACACCCGCUCGCGCGCCGCGUGGCCGGCCGCCGCGCCCGCCGCUGCCGCCUCAAGCGGCAGCAUCUCCGCCGUCACUGCAGCCACCUACAUCUGCACUACUUCAGCCGCUGCCGCCCUUACCCCGGGUCCCGGCUGCCACCGCUGCGGAGCCCGCCGGUCCGGAGUCCGCUGCCUCUUCAGCCGCAGCCACACCGCUCCAACCCACGACCGCUGCCACCGAGGCGGCUCGCCGGCGCUCCUCCAGCUCUGUGCUGAGCCGCGCCUCCACUUGGGGCUCUGUGGGCGCGGUGGAGCCGGCCCCGCCCGGGCCCACGCCACGGACGCCUGCUGACCAGCAAUGGCAGCAGCAGCACCCGCAUCACUGCCAGCAGGCCCAGCAAGCGCAACAGCUGCAGGAGGAUGGCACGGGUUUGGCAGGGCCCUCUGGCGACAGCAGCCCGAGCAGCGCGACGGCGACUGCAGCAUCGCCGUCCAACACAUUUGAGACUGCUGCGGCGGCGGCGUCCGCCUUCCUCUUCCACCAGGUGCCAGGUGCAGCUGGCUACAGCCGAGACGGAGAGGCUGCAGCAGUGACAGGACGCCGCCUGGCUAGCGCCCCUAGCUGGGGCUCUGAGGCCUCUUUCGACGCGCUGCUACAGCUUUCGCCGGCACCGGUGCUACAGCCGCAGCCACAGCCACAGCUCGACCGGGAGCCCCGGUCGCAGCCGCGGCGCCUGCGCUCCCACCGCCGCCAGCGCGAGCAGCUGCUGCAUCCUGGCUUGCCCAUGCCGUCUCUCUUCAGCAGUGGCAGUAGCACCAGCAGUGCAGGCUCUGCAGAUGUGCUGGAAGACAUGCUACAGCCGCCCUAUCUGCCACCGCCACCGCCGCCACUGCUGCAGCCGACGCCUUUGCAGCGACAAUGGCGGGACUCCUCUCCACCUUCCACGCCCUCCGCGACGCAGCCGCUGACUGCCGGCCGCGGCAGCAACAUUGGCAGUAGCAGCACCGCCGGCAGCGAGCCGCCGGCGCCCACCAUGUCGCCUGGCUGGCGCCGGCAGCAGCAGGAGGGCUCCGGCCGGCCAUUGCUGCCCGCGUCGCCUCUGCAGCUGGAUCAAGUGGGCGUGGGCGCGGGCGCGGGCACGGCGGCCUGCAGUGCUCCUGGUGGCAGCGCCGCUGGUGCCGUGGCCGGCGCCGCUGCACCACCAGCGCUGCCGGCACUCCGACCCGAGGCCGCCCCUGCCGCGGUACACGUGCAGCUGCGGCUGGCGCCACAGACGGCUGACGGCGGCUGCGGCGUGGCAGUGCGACUGCUGGUGCUGGACGGCGGCGGCGAUCCGCCUGCCACAGCACAGCUAUUGCCAGCACCGCGACAGCGCCAUUCGCAUGCCGGUGUCAGGGCCAGCACCACCACCACCAACAGCAACAGCACCAGCACCACCAACAGCAACAGCAACAGCAACAGCAACAGUAGUGUGCCUGCCCUGCACCCGCGGGCGCCGGGAGCCGAGCCGCAAACCGGCGCUGCACCCGGCACCGCCGGCGCCAGCCUGUUAGGUGUUCACGCCGGCUUGACUGAGGUUCUGGAUGCGAAAGGUAUAGACGAACAAGGUCCGAAUUCUGAUUCGGAUCUGGAUCAGGACGAGCAGCUGGACCGGCUGCUUGAGAAGCUGGUGCUGGCGGCGACGGCGGCUGGGGACGGCGGCGGUGGUGCCGGUGGUGGUGAUUCUGAGGGGCGGCUUGCAGGGCAUGCGACAAGGAGGGGCGUGGGCGGCGCUGCGGAUGUGGCAGGAGGCGAGCGUGUGUCGGCUUCGCCCGCGCUGCAGCAGCGGCUACUGCUGCGGCUGGCGCUGGCACGGUCCACCACCGGCAGUCCCUUGGCGGGGGCCCCGGCGCAGCAGCAGCAGCAGGGGCGCCACUACCAACCGGCCCAGGCUGGGGAGGAGCAGGUGCAGGAGGAGCAGGAGCAGGGGGACGAGGCGGCGGCGCUGCAGGAGGCGGCGCAGCACCGCAUCCUAGCCUGGGUUGGGCAGCAGCAGCGGUUGACCGAACGCGGCGCCGCAUUGCAGCUGGCGCCGUCGCCGGGGCCGCCACCCCUGCCGCUGCCCACGCCGCCGCCGGGCUCCAUCUUCGCUGACCCCAGCUAUGGGUCAGGCUCGUGGGAGGCGGCGGCAGCAACGCUGGGGCAGUGCGGCGGCGGUGGCUACCGCCGCGGUGGUGGGUGGCGCGAGCCGCCGCCUCCCUCCUACCCGAGCCUGAUGCGUGUGGCCGAGCCCGGCGACACACCCACACGAUCCGUCCCCAGCGGAGUAGCCGCCGUCGCUGUCCCCGGCGCUGCCGGCAAUGCUACGGCUGUAGCUGCGGCUGCUGAGCGCAGGCGCAUUGGCGGAUGGCGGCCGCGACACGGCGAGACCGGGUGGUCAGCCAUUGCCGCGGCACAAGCGUUGACGUGUCGGGGGCCCACGCAGCUCUUCCGAAGCGGCAGUAACAGCGCUGCGGCGGCGGCGGCGGCUGGCACCGCUGCUGCAGGCGCGGGGGCAGGAGGUUUCGCUGCUGUCAGUGACAGCAGCCCCACCAGCCGCCGCAUCCGGGCCCUGGGCCGGCUGCGCCGCCGACACUCGGCCGCAGAGGCGAUGCGGGGCGGAGACGUGGGCUCAGCGCUGCCGCCUCCUGCAGCAGCGCCGGAGCAGCAACGCCGCCCGCAGCACCGCCAUCAUAGCCACAGCAGCAGCGGCAGCAGCCCGCUGCUGCUGCCACCUGCUGUCAACCCUGGUGCUACUGCCGGCAUUGCCCCAAACCUGGGUCUUGGAUGUGGUCGAGAGGAGCACAUUGACGCUGCUGCUGUCAAUGAGGACGCCGAUGGCGGCGCUGGCACCGCCGGCACGGACGCCAGCACCCCGGCCAGCCGGCGGCGGCGGCGCGCGCUGCUGGGCUGGGCGCUGCGGGAGCUGGACAGCUUGGAGGCACUGCUGAGGGGCAGCGGGCUGGGGGCGGACGACGCGGCGGCGGUGCAGCAGGUCGUCCUGACGGAGCUCCUGGACCGGGUCAAUGCAGCCAUGCUGCUACAGCCGCCGUCCGAGCAGCAGCAGCCACAUGCUGCUACAGCCGCCGGCAGGGCUGAUGGCGGCAGCGCUGGGGUCGGCGAGGCCCCUGGUGGUGGCGAUGAGGCGGAGCGGCUGCUGCAGUUGCUACUGCCGCCGGGCAGCUGCAGUGUGGUGGCGGACGUGUGGGCGGUGCUGAGCCACUGCCUGGAGCCAGGCGGCGACAGCAUUGCCGGUGGCCUUGGUGGCGGCGGCGGCGCUGGCGUAGGUAAGCACUGUGUCAUCAGCAGUAAGGCGGGCGGGAGACUGCUGGCGGGCAGCAUGGGUGACCACGACGUGAGCAGCAGCCUGCUGGCACUUGCCGCGAGCGACGCCCUGCUACAGCCACACCCACAGCUACAGCCUCUGAGCUCGGUACAGCCACCGCCUUCAGCGCUGAGCCCGGAGGCAGGUAGUCCCGCGGAGGGCGGUUGGGCGCACCGGCCUUCUCCGGAGCAGUGGCGCCGCCAGACCGGGCCCGAGCACCACCGCCGGCGGCGCAAGCAGCCGCUGGGCAUUGGCAGUGCUGCCGCUGUGGGCGCCGAUGACAGGCUGCCGCCGCACAUGCCGGCACGCCCGCCGCCCUACCCGGUGAGCCUCUUGCCUCCGGGGCCACAGCCGCACCAGCAGCACCAGCAGCAGCGGCAGUAUCAACUCGUGCAGCAGCCGCAGCAGCAGCUGGCGGGGGCCACGGCUCUGUCCUCCGCAGAGUGGAGCUACCUGGCUGGGCUGGUGCUGGCGGCGGCAGACAGCAGCACCGCCGGCAGUCAGGUUGAAGGUGAAGUGGAAGAGUGGGCGGAGGAGGGGCUCGGGCACGGCGAGGAGUGCGGCCCUGCUGCUGCUGGGGUUGUGGAUGCGGAGGCCCCAGGUGGCGUGGGUCUGGCGGCGGCGGGGCAGUCGGUCGCUGCAGCGGCGGGGCAGUCGGUGGCACCAGUAGCAAGAGCCAGCAGCCCUGCGGCCACGGCUGCUGCGGCUGACGUGCACGCCGCGGCCGCGCAGCUGGGCCUGAGGCAGCGGCAGCUGCGGUCUUUGCCGCGGUCUGCUGCCGCGGGUGGUGAUGCCUGGGGAGAAGGCGGAGCAGGGCCACCAGGAGGCGGUGGGAGCGGCGGCGGAGGAGGCGGGGCUGGGGGCGGCUCGUGGGGCUGUGACGAGGAGCGGCGCGAGCUGUUGGACAGGUGGCUGGAGGAGGUGGUGGCGAUGAGCCCGCCACUGAUGACCCGAGACGCUGAUGCGGAGGAGGAGGUGGUGGAGGAGGAGGAGGCUCAGCUGGAAGAUGCGGAGAAGCGACCGGAACAGGGGGAGAGACAGCAGCAACAAAAGCGACAGCAGCGGCUGCGGCUGCUGCCGCCGCCGCCCAUAAGCCCAGGCACAGCUGUGGUCUUCCGCCACUUCUACCAGACCAGCCACCCGGCGGCGGCGAGAGCACAUGCGUGGCAGACCAGUGGCACCGCGGGCGCCGCCGGCGCCUUUGGCGUGGAGGCGGCAGCAGCUGUCCAUGCGCCGGCUGCAGCGGCGGCUGUGCCGGCAGCAGCGCCGCGCUCGGCCUCGUCUUCGGAGCACUGGUACGGCGAGGAGCACUCCGAGCGGGCGCAGCAGGCGCAGCAGGCGCAGCAGGCGCAGCAGGCGCAGCCUUCGAAGCCGGGGGCAGCUGAGACGCAGGCUGGCGUUAAUGGUGCGGGACCGGCUGCAGCUGCAGCUGCAGCUCCCGGAGCGGCCGCCGCGCCGGACGCGCGGCCGGCGGCAUCCAGCGUACCGCCGUCGCCGCCGCCGGCCGCGGGCCGGGCGAUCGGGAGCAGGGCCGCAGUCAGCGGCUGCGCGAAUGACGACAACAGCCAGGCCGCGGGAGCGGGAGCUGCAGCCGGUGCGGGUGGUCCUGGGGUUGGCCCCGGGGGCGGCGGUGAGGCGGGGCCGACGGCGGCAGCAGCAGCCAGUGGCGUGUACUUGUUCCCAGGACUGCGCCCGCGUCCGCGUGGCGAGGUCACGGCUUCGGCCGCGCCCGGCCCCGUUGCAGGCAGCAGCAGCGCAGCAGGCCCCUUGUCGCCGCCGCCCGUGACGGCACUGCUGGCGCCAUCGGAGCAGUCGGCAGCGGGGACGGCUGGCACCGCGGCACCGAAGGCACUGCCGCCGCCACCUCCGCCACCCCCCGGGCCGCCACCGCCGCCGCCGCUCCUGGGAGUUGGGGUGAAGGGACUCACUGCUGGGUCAGGCGCACCGCCACCACCGCCACUGGGGCCGCCACCACUGCCUCCCAGCGAGGUGUCAGGGGUGGCGAAAGCGCCGGGCCGCGCAGGCGGUCCGCCACCGCCACCGCCGCCACCGCCGCCGCCACUGCCCUUUGGCGGCGUCCGCUCGGGCGCCCCGCCGCCGCCGGGGCGCCGCGGCGGCGGACACACCGCUGGCGUGCAGCGAUAUCCCCAGGUCAUUGCGCUGCAUCAGGAGCUGCGCAGGGCGCUGACGGCUGGCAGCGGUGCAGGGGCCGGCCGCAAGGCGGGUGCAGGCGGCCGCGGCUGGGGUGGAGGCAGGUACCUGCCGCUGCUUCGCGGCUGGGCGGCGCGUGUGUCCGACCUCCAGCCGGGCUGCAUGUCCGAGGUGGUGGGCUUCGUGGCGGAGAUGGACGCCGCACUGGCGGUACUGAGCGACGAGGCCGCCGUCAUCCGCCGCGCCGCCGCCGCCGGCUCCCUGUCCUGGCCCGAGCGUCGCGCCGACACGCUCCGCUGGGCCGCCAGCCUGCACACCGAGCUCACAGCCCUGGCGGACAGGGCUGCCGGAUGGCCCUACCACCAACCCAGCCAGCAGUGGGAGCCCAGCCGUAGCGGCCCUGGCGGCGGCAGCGGUGGCACCGCGGCAGGGGCGGGCACAGGAACGAGGCCCGGGGCACAGGCGCAGGCGGCGGCGCAGGCGGCGCUGCGUGGUGUGGAUGGCGUGUGGGAGGAGCUCAGCCGGCGGGUGGAGGCGCUGGGGCGAGACAGAGAGCGCAUGGAGGCCAGAUUCAAGGAGCACGGUGUGCCGUGGGAACCGGGCCUGCUGCCGCGGCUGCAGCGCUCCGCUCUGAGGCUACUGGCGGUGCACCUGCGUCUGGUGCUGGACUGCACCAACACCACAACAGACACCAGCAGCAGCACCACAACAGACACCAGCAGCGGCACCUGCGCCGCUGCCAGCGCCGCCACUGCCACGGGCUGCAGCACGGCGGCCACAGGCGAAGGCGAUGGCAGCCAACGGGAACGGCAGGGGCAGCAGGCGGCAGGGCAGCAGCCGGAGCGGCAGGAGAAGCUCGCCGGUCCGAUAGCGGCCCACCGGGACCCAGCCGCCACCGCAGCAGCAGCAGUACCAGCAGUACCAGCAGUACCAGCAGUACCAGCAGUACCAGCAGUACCAGCAGCAGGCACGGCGUCUACGGCGGGCGCAGCGGCGGCCGACCGGCGGCACGCUGCUGAGGCGGUGGCGGCGGCGGAGCGGCGGCUGCUGGAUGGCGGCGUGGCGUUUGCAUUCCGGGUGCACCAGUUGGUGGGCGGCUUCGACGCCGAGUGCAUUGGGCUGCUGGAGGCGCUGGGGCCGCGCUGGCGGGCCGCACGGCGCCGUGCUGAGCAGGAGGAGCAGGGGGAGCGCGAGGAGGGGCAGCAGGAGAGGCAGGGCGGGGUGAGUGGAGCUGUGGUUGUGGGGGGCGAGCCGGCUGGUGCUACCCAGGCAUGAGCGGUGGUGGGGGUGGGGCGGGGCCGUGGCGGAGUGGGCACGUGGGGGAGGGCGGGGGGGGGGGCAGAAUCAUCGCCAAGCCAAAUGGGGUUUGGGGACUUGGGGUGUAGGCUGAAGCAGGCAAAAGGCUGAAGGCCAACAGAGGAGCGUGCAUGCGAGGUAUGCGACCGUAUGAGGCCUGGCAGUUAUGAAUGCGACAUUACAAGAAGGGACUCUCCCGUUAUGGCUGCGUCCCCGUGAUGGUCAGUGGCGCCAUCCCUGUCCAGCCAAGCGAGCAUGGUGGGGCGUACUGGGGGAAAGGAGGACAAGUACGGUAGAUCGAUGGCCUGGCUUUUUAGGAGCGCAUGCUACUGUGUUGGAUUGCACAGGCGCAUGUAGAGACAGUAUUGCCUGGGAUGAAUGCCUGUUGUGGGCGCGGUCACGGGCUCAGUGCAUAUUAUUUGCGUGUGGCAACUGGCAACGGGAACGUUGGGGUGCCGGUGGAAGUCGAGAACGGCAACUACGAGGGCAAGGGCGCCGGUCACGACCCGCAGCCGUUUUAUCUGGUUGACCGCGAC